AUGCUGACCAGUAUCGCAGAGGGCAUCUUGUGUUGCCUGACGGGGAAGACCGCCAGCGUGGUGCUGCCUGUCGAGUCCUCCGAGGUUGGACCAGCUGAUGGCUAUGAGUUUGUGGAGGUGAAACCAGGCAGGGUGCUGCGUGUCCGACACAUCUUGCCUGAACGGCCGGUGGUGAACGAGCAAGAACCUGAGCAGGAGAAGUGUCAGGAGAACGUUGUCCACUGCAAGCGGAAGAUCACGGUGUACCGGAACGGGCAGCUGGUGAUUGAAAACCUCGGUGACGUUCUCCACUCUGAGAUCCUUCAGUGUCAGAACGGAGACGUGGAGCAGUGCAGCACCGUGGAGGUGGAGCUGGCCGACUACUCGACAUCCGCCUCCUCCCCAGAUCCGAAACCCGCCCCCUUGCCUGCUCCCUCCGACCAGCAGAAGCCAGCGCCCCCGCCACGCCGUCGCCGUCGGAAACCGAAACGCACGGUGCUUAUUGACACCGAACGUAGUAUCACCAGCUGUAAGGGCACACAUUCUGAUGUGGCGCUGUUCUUUGUACAUGGUGUCGGAGGUUCACUGGAUAUCUGGGCGAGUCAACUAGAUUUUUUCUCUCGACUGGGCUACGAAGUCAUUGCUCCUGACCUGGCGGGACAUGGAGCCAGCACCGCCCCUAAGAUAGCAGCAGCCUACACAUUUUACGCACUGGCAGAGGACUUGCGAGCCAUUUUCAAGAGAUACGCCCGCAAACGCAACAUCCUCAUAGGCCACUCAUAUGGGGUUUCAUUUUGUACCUUCCUGGCACAUGAGUACCCAGAGCAGGUGCAUAAAGUGGUGAUGAUAAACGGAGGUGGACCUACAGCUCUAGAGCCCAGCUUGUGCUCCAUCUUCCAGCUGCCUUCCUGUGUGCUGCACUGUCUCUCCCCCUGCCUCGCCUGGAGCUUCCUCAAGGCUGGUUUUGCCAGACAAGGUGCCAAAGAAAAGCAGCUGCUGAAGGAGGGCAAUGCGUUCAAUGUGUCUCCCUUUGUGCUGCGCGCUAUGAUGAGUGGGCAGUACUGGCCUGAGGGAGACGAGGUCUAUCACGCAGAGCUCACCGUGCCCAUCUUGCUGGUCCAUGGCAUGUAUGACAAGUUUGUGCCUAUGGAUGAGGAUCAGCGCAUGGCAGAGAUUCUCCUGUUUGCCUUCUUAAAAGUUAUUGAAGAGGGUAGUCACAUGGUUAUGAUGGAAUGCCCUGAGACAGUUAACACCCUCCUUCACGAGUUCUUUCUCUGGGAGCCUGACACCUCCAAAAAAGACGUGGUUGCCAAGAUAACUGCUGACCAGAUGACCACGACCAAUAACACGAGCGGCCAGAGUGUACUUGUGAGCAAUGGAACCGCCGGCAUGGUGGAGAUGCCUGUCAGAAAAGCGAAUAAGCCUCUGAACAAGUAA